AUGGCAAAAAACGAGUCGAUGUCGCAAAAGUCGCACUGGAACAAAGUUAAAGGUGCUGUGCACGUCACUGAAGUCUUGAAGAAGACAAGAGCAGAAACAAAAUCGGACGAACGACUGUAUAUACGAUUAGAACGUGCUUUGAAAAAUUUCGGACUUAAUGACAAUGCAGGUAUUUUACUGGAAAAUAAUCCACGAGAAUACCAUGUUAUCGUUGCUGGACCGCCUCGUAGUGGAAAAUCAACAUUAAUCGGUGCUCUAUGUGGUCGAGGACUCAAUGCAACAAAUAUUUGCCUAGGUUCUCGUCAAAAAGAAUUUAGCUGUUUUGUUAAAACUGAUCAACGUAAAGGUCUUCCACAUACUGUCAAAUUUUGGAAUACAGUUGGUUUGGAUCCUUGGACUAAAAAUUCCAUUAAAUCUUACAUACAUGACAUCGUUCAAAUUCAUUCUCCAAUUUGUCUUCUUUUUUGUGCUAGUCCAAUAACUAUGAUUCAAAAAGAUCAUUUAGUGUGGUUGAUUGAGAGCUGUAUUGAGGAGAACAUCUUUUGUGCUCUCGUAUAUACUAACAUACAUACUCGAGCUCGACAUAAUGUCAUUAUACCAACUUUUAGAGACGCAUUGAAAGACUGGUCGGUCGAUAACUGUUCUUUGAUACCAGCAACUAUUGAUUCUGUGAAACCAUAUGCAUCGUCGAUUGAAUUAUAUAAUCAUAGUAAAACAAAUCAACCAAUGGCACUUAUUUGUCAGGUAAAUAGUAUUGAACAUGUUGAUGAUUAUACUUCGAAUCGAAAAGCUUCCUCUGGCAUGUUCGAACUUAUUUUGGCUCUCAUGGAUGUGUUACCGGAUGAUAAAAUAAAUGAAAUGAUUUAUAUGGUAUUAAAUAAUCGAUCAUUUUGGACCUAUGUUGGUAACACUUUUUCUGAUGUUUGGAAUGAAAAAUUUCUUGCAAAUUUUCGUCGCUGGUACGAAACUUAUAGUUGA